GCAUGUGGUUAAAUAGUGCUUUAUAAGGGUCUCUGUACUUAGAUUUGUGCCUCGAUAUACACCCAGUCUGGUUUUGGCAAUCUGGACCCACUUUAAUAAUCAUUAGAAUUUACUUAUCGAUUACAUUUCAAAAGGAAAUACAUUUCUAAAACGCGAAUGCAGUGAACUUUAAUCGAGAUCAAGCGGGACAUCAAAGAGUUUUGCUGACUGAUAUUUGGACUCGAGGCUGAAGUUCGGAUUGAACUUGUGCCGUUAGUUUGGACUCUGCGCUGAGGGGCGCGGCGGCGGAUGGAUACGAGCUCAUGUGAUGCGGUUACUGUUUGGUUUGACGUGAUACUCCUCUGUUCUCCAAAACUUUUGAACGAUUUAUCGUGUAACCGAUCAGUCUCGACAUCAAAUGAAGAAGAGUGAGACAAUGUUCUACUAAAUUGAAAACGUGAGCUCCUCCAUUGCGAUUUACUGCGCUCACAGAAGCACUUCAGACCGGACCACCUCAGCACGAUGGAGUUUCAGUUUUUCGCAUCUCUUUCCUGUAUGAGGCAUUUCUUCGAUUCUCAUGCAUUGUACGCAGUUCACCAUUUCAACCGAAAUACAGCAAAUUGUGGCGGCAUAGAUUAUUCCCAGGAAGACUCCCCUCAUUUGCACAGCAGGCUUAAGAGCUCCCUCUUUCCUACUGGCUAACGAAGGCCAAUCAUAGGUGGAGGGAGGAGUCUGCACAGACGUAGGACUAAAUUGAUUGGAUGACAAAAACUUUUGACGCUUACCCAAACUCAACUUCCACGGAAUCCUCUCCUGGUUCCUCUAUCCCACCUUCACCUCUGGAGCAUGAUGUCCAAAUGCCCUCCGACUUGGAGGUUAUGACCACUCUUCUUAAAGAAGAACUGGCUCAACUGGAGGAUUAUUACCUGUAUGAAUCGACACCUAUGAAAUUGGAGAAAUGGCAAAAAUGUGACAAAAGCUUACAAGCUAUGGCUACACAGUCAUACUAUCAGUUGCCCUGCGCUUCGUACAAUGUAAACCAACCUGAAACAAAUCCCAGGCUGGUUUCCCUGGCAACUGGAGAUCUCGACCUGCGAGGCUUUUGUGGGGGCUCCAUGAGCCGACCGAAAAUGUCUCGACCCGGCCCCUACAGCUACAUUCGGACACACUGCAAUAGCCAAAGAAUAUCAGCGAAUAGAUGUAAAGACGUCGAGGUGUUUGAGAAGGAAAUGUGGACUUUCAAAGGGACUCAUUCAGGUUACGCAGAGUUGGCUUUUGACCAGUGCUCUGUUGACAAAUCCUACGGAAAGAGCCACGCGAGCACAAAGAAGGUUCGAGAAUGUGCCAUACUGUUGAAGGAAGAAGAAAAAAGUUGCUUCACGGAAGAUGUGUUUUACCGAGCGGAGAUGAUGAGAAGUUACGAUCUCGGUGGGUCCCUGGAAUCCCACCACAGGCGAGAGGGCCAGAGCCAUGGGAUGAAGAUGCUCAGCCACGACGGGAUUGCGAUGCCCAUUUUGCAGUGCACCGAGAGCGAGAGCUGUCCACCGUAUAAACAAUCCGAAGUAGCCGAGUGCUACUUUCAUCAGAUUACUGCCAAUUUAGAGCCAUAUCAAGGCUUCAUGAAUGAAAUCGAUCAGCCAAUUAGAACUGGGGCUGUUGAUAUCCAGAAUAAUGACUACUUGCACCACGAUUGCCUUGGAGAUCAAAGCUUUGAAUGUCUGUCCGGAGACAGUGUUGGGUCCUCUUUGGAGUUGCCUGUCCAGAAACCACUACAAAGGUCACGGGAAAGUCAGUGUGUUUUUAAACCAGAUGUUAAAGUAGGUUCCUUGGAGAGAAACCAUGGAGAACGCAAGCAGAAGAAGAGGGAUCAGAACAAGUCCGCUGCCCACAGGUACCGUCAGCGUAAGAGGGUGGAGCUGGACUGUUUGGAGGAGGAGCUUCAUGGUUUGGAAGGGCGGAACAGAGAACUUCGGGACAAAGCAGAAUCUGUAGAGAGAGAGAUUCAGUAUGUGAAAGACCUCCUGAUUGAAGUCUACAAGGCUCGCAGUCAGCGCUUAAAAGAGGAUUCCAGUGCCUAAACCGUCUCUUACCAGCAUUUCACUUAUACCAGGCUCUGACAGCAUGUUUUAUGCUCUAAAUAGUUAGUACAAAAAAAAAACAAGAGCUCAUGUAUUAAAAUGGUUGUGUUUUUCCGAAAGCGAAAGCCGCAUGGUUUCAUGAAACUGAGAGCAUAAUAUCUGAAGCACUGUGAUGAUAGCCUUGAAUACAUUCUAAUGACCUAGCUUGGUAUUUCAAUUUACAGUGAUAUACAUAAUGAAAAGCUGCCCGUCAAGAUUUGACUGAAUUUCACAUGGGACAUUACAUUUCUUUAACCCUACUGGUUUGUUUUUUGUGAACGAAAUCUGUGCUACAUUUAUUGAAAGAUAUUCUGUACAGGCUUGCUCCAUUCUUUAUUUAUCAUGAAAAAUCAUGCUUCAACAUAAUGAGAAUUUGUAACAAUGUAGCGACAUGGUCGAAAUUCUUACUAUUGUAAUAAUGCAAAUUCAGUGCAAUGUAAAAUGUCACCUUUUUGUUGUCUGUCUUUUUUUUGGAUUUAUAUUUUCAUGUAUUUCCUUAUAUUUCUCCUUUAUUUGUGAAAUAUCUCAUGUAAUUAUGUUUAGAAUACAGGAGAAACAGCUUUUGCAGUUAUAAUUAAAUUGCUUUAAAAUAUAUUAUACAUGAAGGUUUAUAGCAUAUUGAUGACAGAUUUUUUUGGCUCAGGUAUGGAAUGCAUGUCUAAUACAUUGAAAAGCAUGUUGGGUUACAAUUUAUUGCAUGACCCAAAAUAUGAAACGAAUGCUUUUGUGCAUUAUGACAAUAUGUAGAAUUUUUAUUUUGCCCAUUCAUUUUAUUCUCAUUAACAUAGUGCUUUAAAAUAUGUGAUUGUUUUUGUAAAAUUUAUAAUCAGUGUAUGUAAUCAGUAUGAGAUUGUUUUUAAUGCAGGUUUGCGGAAAACAAUCACUGUCAUUUGCUACAGGACUUUAAAAUUCUGAAGAAUUUGAAUGAUUUCAACGUAUUUGAACAGGUGCCCAUUACUACAGUAGUAUAUGGUGCCUCUGAAAACAGACAAGUGUAGCAAAUCUGAAUGCAUUUAUUUCUGCAGAUUGUAAUGUGUUUCAGAAUCUACCAACACUUGAUUAAUAAAUACAAAUUAUAUUGU